UUCAUCGUCCCCCACUACGUAGUACGCGAAACGAGAGAGAAGAAGCAUAUUUCUCUUUCUGUCUCUCUCUCUCUUUCUCUCUCUGAAGAUGUUUUCGAAAAAUCGUUUUUUCAUCAAGAAUACAUAUGUGUAUCAUUUACAUGUGUAAAAAUAUUUUAUAAUAAUAACACACACACAUAUAUACAUAUAUUUAUAAAUUAAAGAAAAAUUAUCCGCGAUUGAGCAGUGAUUUUAUCAAUACAUAAUCGAAAAAAAGAUUUCUCAUUAUAGUUUGCAAAAUUUAUAGUGUUUUGAUUGGUUGAAAGCUUUAUCACUGAUGAGUGCUUUUUUAAGUGUGUAUACAACAUCUAUAUACUAUUCUAACUUUGUUUUUAAAGAUCAGCUGGCUUUGACAUUUAUGACGUUAACAAGAAUUUAAAUGCAAUGUGAGAAUAUGUAUCAUACCUUUUGCUAUUUUAAAUCAACAAAAUGAGAGAAAAGAUUGAUUGUUUGUUUAUGUGAUAAUAAAGUAUUGGAAUAAUUAUAUAAAACAAAAUGGAUAUAAUAAAGGAAUAUCUACUGGUGCCAGCAAAGUAUAUGAUAUUGACAGAUGGAAGAAUUUGCCUGACGGUUCACAGAAACUGGCUUUCUCGAUUUCUGACAGUCGGCCCAUUUACAUUUAUCUAUCACGAUCGACUAUCCAAUGAUGAGAUUGCCGCGCAACCUUCUCUCGAUGAAUUGGGUUGCGACUGGCUGAGAAUAUAUGCCAAAGUUUAUGUAAAACAAUACAAGAAUGCGAUUCCUUUGCCAAGAGGAAGACCUACUACUAGUACUAAGAACCAAGCGGAAUUAAUGUUUUCACAAUUGUUGCAUUAUGUAGCGGAGACUAAUUAUCGAAACCUAUGGAAAGAAACGUACAAGAAAUAUUACAACCCUUGGAACUUUGUCGAACAAAAGGAGCAGUCUAAUAUCACAGCUAAUGCAAAUGAUGUUACUAUUAUGCAUGAAGUAUUAAACAGGAUGUACGGCUGUACUUUGGUACAAGUACAACGUGGUGUGGUUCUAUCAGUAUCAAAUGGUACAUUAUCCGAAACACACUGCAAUCUCGUACCAAUUCAUUUUGUCGUAGAAACACCGUCUGCUUUUAUAAUUUUUUAUGAACAAACUGCCAAUUUCUCUCUUCGCGAAUGUGUAAUGUAUAGUCCUGCUGCUCUUAAUACAAGUCAUGGGAAAUCAUUGUUCGUAGUUUAUCAAUUAUUAAGAUUAUCUAGAGACUUACACGAUCGUGGUCUUGCAUUGGGAGAAAUUACACUCAGUGACAUAUUGGUCACAGAUAAUUUUACUAUUAAGGUACUGCCAAAGUUAAGUGAUAAUAUUUAUCUAAAACCUGAAAAUGAAUGUCCUACUAUCUCUCAAGACAGUAAAGAGAAAAAUCCCAGUAACAAUACUUAUAGUAAAAAAGAUAGCAUAUCUCAUUCAAAUAAUAGUGACUUUGGUUUAAAUGAAAGUAUUGAGAAAUUGUGUGAGAUGUGGGUGUAUAAUUGUAUUAGCAAUUUUGAUUAUUUGACUGCGCUCAAUAAUUUGGCUGGUAGAAGAUAUGGCGAUCCUAGCUGUCAUCAUGUUAUGCCCUGGGUAACGGAUUUCACGUUGAGAAACGGCGGCAAUUGGAGAGAUUACAAAUCGAAAUUUCGAUUAAAUAAAGGAGACAGACAAUUAGAUCUCACAUUUGAUUCGCAAUCAACUGAGGUUGGACAUCAUGUUUCUGAUGUUUUGUCAGAGAUCACAUAUUAUAUAUAUCUUUCACGUCGGUAUAAUAAGUCUGUGCUUUGUAAACAUGUACGACCAUUAUGGGUACCUGGAGAAUAUCCAGCCUCAAUUCAGAGAUUACACGAUUGGAGUCCUGAUGAAUGUAUACCACAGUUCUUUACCGAUCCCAGUGUUUUUAAGUCCAUCCACGAAGAUUUGCCAGAUUUAGAAAUUCCAGCAUGGGCAACUUCUCCAGAGGAUUUUAUUGAAAAACAUAGAGAAGCAUUGGAAAGCUUUUAUGUUUCAGAAAGAUUACAUCACUGGAUAGACUUGACUUUUGGUUAUAAAUUGUCUGGUUUUGCUGCCGUAAAAUCGAAAAAUGUUUGUCUGCAGUUAGUCGAUAAUCAUACCGGUUUGACUAAUUCUGGAGUUGUACAACUUUUUACACAACCACAUCCACAAAAAAUCAUUCCAUCUCCUUAUUGGGGUAAAGUACCACCGCGUCUUAGAUCGACAUUCUUGACCAAUAAAGCUAAAUGUGAUCAACCUGCAAAUAGAAUCAGUGAUGAUGAGGGCCAUAGUUCUGGAAUCGAGGAAGAAGAGUCACCUGCUACAGCAACAAAUGCAUCGAGAUCAUCGCCUCUAGUACUGAGUCGCUUGUUGAGUCGUUCUAGAGGUUCUUUGCUUUCGGAGGAUAACGUUAAAUCGGAUAAAUCCGUUAAUCAGCCUAUUAUUCUGCCGAAGGAUUUUAAUCCCGUCGCGGCGAUCGUACAACUAGAAACUAUGCAUGCUUUCAUGAAUAAGAUCAAUCAUCAAGUCUACAAGCCUGUAGUGGGAUCGCACGAUCUUUCCACAAAUUAUAAACAGAUUGUGGCUAGCGGUCGCAUCAAAGAGCAACAGAUACUCGGUUGUCUGAUGGUGGAGAUAUUUCUAGCCGGUAAAUUUCGCGCGACCUGGAACAUUGAAAGGAUGUCGUUCGCGCAAAGAUUUGCGACGUGUCUAAACAUUUUGAAGACAUCGUCGGAUAAUUUACCAAAGUGUAUAAAAAAUAUCGUGUCUCUAUUACUUCAAAUUGACAUUAUGCCAAAGAGUUAUAAUAUAGGUAACGUAGAGACGAAUGACAUUUCAAUGGUGAACGACGAGAUUCCUUUUCGUUAUCCAACGAUAACACACAUGGGUCUUCCGCCACCAUCCGCGCAUCAGUUUCUUCAACCAAUCUUAUCCGGGAGUCUGUUCCCAUUCUCCAAAUACUGUCAAUACUUGUACAACAUUGUGGAAAUGUUGCAAGAAUAUAACGGUUUGAUACGUGAAUUAAAUUCUAUCGUGAGGACCGAGGAUGAUAUAGAUUUUGCGAUUAAAACAAAGACAAAGUAUCUGUGCAAAAUUAGCGAGUGUAAAGUAAAGGCGAUCGCUAGAGAACUCGAACGAUUGUUACCUCACGCCGGUAGUGCGAGAGAAGCCACCUUACAAUUGAUAGUUCCUCAUAUAGUGCAAAUUAUGGAAGAACCUUACAGCGCAGUAUUGUCAGUGUGGUAUCUUUUUGAUCCUAUUGCAAAAACUUUGGGACCGAAGGAUACAGCUGAUACAUUUCUUUCACCCAUCACAAAAUUAUAUGAGAAUGGUUCCAUCAUGGAUAUCGCAUUAUACGACGAUAUACUAUCCGCGGGAACGCUCGCAAAAUUUCGAACUACACGGCUGUAUCACAGAACAUUUCUGCUCAAGCUGAUAGUCAGAUUAGGGCUACGCAGAUUUCUAGACAACUUUGUGAAUCCUCUGGUGGAAGCGGUAGGAGGAUACAAAGAUUACAUACAGGGAUCCCCUGGUACAUGCACACAUAGAACUGGAAAUUUAAAGAGCUGCGACUUGAGUGGACCCUGCAGUGAAGGGGAAGGAGUUUUAUCUCCCUUAGAUGAGGAUUCAUUCGCGGAUACUGAACAUAAUGUUUCUUCAUCUUUCGGACCAACGAGCAACGAUCACGUAUCUAAUGUAACGAUGGAUAAUGACGUUGAAGAAGUAUUUACUAUGGAACCAGAAGAUAAUGCGUGGAUAUCAUUAAAUAAUACUAUGCCAUAUGAUAUCGACUUACACAUAGAUCUCAAUUUGAAUGCUAGCGAGGACUUGAAUGAUGAUAAGGAAAGCAAAAAUUCGCCAAGCGGCUCCGUAAAGUCGCCAACGAUUCCAAUACCGAAACAAUCAAGCAUAGGCGGACCUAAAUCAGUAACUGAAUUUAAUAGUAUCGGCUGCAACGUAGGUAGUAAAACUUCGAGCGAAGAUUUCACUUACGUUAGCACUUACGGCGCAAAUAUCCAUUCCGGUAGUAAUCUUUCCGAGAAUGUGUCCGGCUUGGUAGAAGCCAAGGAAGACAUUUGUGUCUCCACCGAUCUCGAGAACAAACGACAGGUUACCGAAUCAGAUGAAGAGUCCCUGCAUCAUCAAUUGGACAUUUAUCGAAGAUCCACUCCGAGCGAGUGUACAAUUUCCGAGAUGAGCGCGGAGUCCGUAAUUUGGCUGUCCCACAGACUCGGCCCGGUACUCACGGCUCGGCAUUUGUCACGAAAUCUUCUGCGAAUGUUGACGUUAUGUUAUGCUGGGAAGGAAAAUCUAACGUCGGUCGACGACAAUAAUUUUAUGUGUCUAGAGGGUGGCGUUGCGUGGAGGAAAUCGCUGUUGGCCGGUGACCGAAAUGCCGUUAAAGUCCUAGAAUGUCUCACAGCUAUCGCAGGAUUAUACGGAGAACAAAUUAUACUGUUGCAAUAUUUCGCUCACGUGGUUGAGUUGUUGGCGCUGUGCAAGAGAAAAUUGACGCAAAAUUUGGAAGGUGGCUUAAUUUCUUGCCUGGCUCUGUUGAAUCACAUUACGACGUAUCUCAGUGACUCUACUGUGAUGGAUGUACUUCAUGAACCGAUUGUCAAAUCCAUCCUGCAUCCUACAGUUCGCAUACUGUCGACCGCGAGAUUUACAUUUCCAAACGGAGUGCUUGCGCGCCUCGCCCUGGCCGAAAAAUGCCUGGAAGCGAUGCUCGCUCUUAGCUUACGUCUCGGCAGUGUAAUUACGAAGAAUCAUUUGGCAGUGCCGAUUCAGCGUUUCUUUCUGGCUUUCGACAAAGCCUUUAAUGAGAAUUCGAGCACCGAGGGUCCAUCGAAUAAUCUUGGACAAAAGAACGCAACUUACGAACUCUGUACACGAACGAAGACUACAAAUGAAGGUGGAUUGGAACCCAUGUAUGGAAACAAACUUGAUGCAGAUGUUGCGGAUUCCUAUUCUCCUCCGGUAUUGGAAAAUAGCGACGUGCCAGACUUGCAAAGGAAUAGAGCAUUUGAAGAAUUACGAGCCGUAUUCACUGCAGAAUUUGCUCAUAAAGCGUACAUGCUCUUUUAUAGAUGCGUCGACAGUGAGAUAAUGGAGCAGAUACUUAAAAAUCACGACCGUAUAAAAGAAUUGUGUCACGAUUAUGAGCAGGGAAUAAAAACGACCUUUCCAAAUACUGAUAACGCAGACAGAUAUAAUACAUCCGUGACUUCCGUGGAUGUGACGGAAAAUGUGGAAUUGGUCGAUAAAGACGUUUGUAGUUUCGGAAAUAUAUCUGUGAUAGGAAAUAGAUUCGAGAUACAGAAAGACGACGCUAGAUCUCAAUCGACGGCGACGGAAGCGAGUGUCACUGCCGGUCGCGAGGCAACUUGUCCGUCAUCCGCUGGCAGACAGUUGCGUGGUAACUGGUUAGCUUAUUGGGAACAUGAGAUAGGAAGGCCGGAGAAAGAUGCAGCAUUUAAUAUAAAGCAGAUAAAGCUUCAGACUUUCAGCGGACAUACAAAUACCAUAAGAUGUCUAUACGUGCUAGACAACGAGAACAGUUUUAUGAGCGGUGGCAGAGACAAGACUGUAAAGUUAUGGAGUUUGCGAAGCCAAGGUGAUGGAAGUACAGUCUCGUCAUGUCAAUACACAUAUAUUGGACAUAAAAAGUCUAUUCUUUCACUUACAUUCCUGGAAUCCUUGAGAUAUGCAGUUACGUGCGAUGGUGGAAUUCAUUGUUGGGAUCCUUUUAUGGGCUCGCUUCUGGGAUGUCCGGAAAGUAGUCGUCCCGUUUUUGUAAAUACUUUAGCUUCGAGUCCCUCUCCAUCAACGACUCUUCUCGUGGGAACAACAGACAUUACCCUUAGAGUCAUCGAUUGUAGGACAUUCCAGUACGUUAAUGAAAUGAAAGUUUCUAUGAAUCCAACUGGUUUAAUAAGAUGUAUCGCGGUUGCACCGAGCGGCAACUGGGUUGCGCUGGGUCAGACAUCGGGCUUCCUGACGAUACUCGAUACUCGCACCGGUUUGAUUAUCGCGUCUUGGAAAGGACACGAGUGCGAGAUACUGCAGUUGGAAGCGAUAAACGAAACUACUAUAGUUAGUUCCUCAUUAGAUCAAACAAUUGCUGUGUGGAGCGCAGUGGAUGGAAAACUUAAAUUUCAUAUGAAAGGGGCAACAGAACCUGUUCACUGCAUGGCGAUGCAUGAACAAGAAUUAGUAAUAGGCACGACAGCGAAUCGAAUCGGCGUUUAUACCGCUGUAGAAAUGACCACUUCGUUUUCCUCAUCCAAAUUGAGAUCCGACGCCUUCAAAGGUGUUCUUACUGCCAUGGCUGUCCUUCCUCUCAAUCGAUUACUGUUAUUAGGCGCUGACAAUGGUGGAAUAACACUCUUGUGUUGAAUUUACGAGAUAUGUACAAAACAUGCAAGUCACUGGAACAUUAUUAAAUAUAAUGUAAACAACCAGUAAAAUGUAAUCGUGCAAUAAUUGGAUGGAAUGCACGAUAAACUUACUGCUAUAUGAUAAAUUCCAUUUUUACAAUUAUAUAUCAAAGGAUUCUUUUUUUAUACACAAAUAAUAUCUGUUCUGGUCGCUAUCACUUUGAGAGCAAGUUCAGGAGACAUCUUAUGCACACCAACAUCUGCUAAAACUUCUGUCAAUGUAGCUUUAUCGUUAUUAUUUAACGCUUCUUGAAGCAGUAUUGCUGAGCCGAUUAAAAUAUUUAAAAGUA